CGUCUCAUACGAGCGGGGCACUUGAAAGAAUUCGUUAUCCGCGACCGACCACGCGGUAGGGAGAAGAGGAGGUGCAAAGAGGGCUCAGUGGCGAGAAGCGACGGAGAAGAUGAUGGAGAGGAUGAGGCUCGAGGAGAAAAGGGUGGUCGAUGGGGUGAAGAUGAGAAGAGGAGGCGUGCUAAUGAUGGUCGAGAAGGGCAAGGAGGAGAAGCCCCAGCAAAGAGAGGCACUAUUUAUAUGAUUUCGGGAGGACCAACCGACGGGGAUUCGAACAAUGCACGAAAGGGGCAUGUGCGAGCAGUGAAACGCAAGAGGGAGGAGGUCGGGAUAACUGGUCGAAUGUCGGUGAUCAGCUUUCGAGCAGAAGAUGCGGAGGGGGUUUUGCUGCCCCAUAAUGACGCGCUGGUCAUCACGACAGAAGUAGCGGGUUUCGACGUGAAGAGAGUGUUUAUCAACACUGGGAGCUCGGUCGAUGUGAUGUUUUAUGACUGCUUUGCCCAAAUCAACAAGAAUUUGAAUUUGGAAUUGAAGUCGGUAGUGACGGCCUUGUAUGGUUUCAAUGGAGGAGAGGUGAUGCCAAUGGGCGAGGUAAGUCUAAAUGUGGCGUUGGGGUCGGGCGAUACUAGGAAGGUAAGGAUGGUGCACUUUAUAGUGGUCGGUGCAGAGUCGUCGUUUAAUGUCAUCUUGGGACGGACAGGGUUGAAUCCGUUCCAGGCAGUCGUUUCUACAUACCACAUGACGAUCAAAUAUCAUGUGGGUGAAAAU